AGUUGAUCUAAUGGUGAAAUCUGUCAUAAACAUACUAUUUUUACACGUUAUUACUGAAAUAAAUUGAAAACUUAUGUUUUCCUAUAUUAAAUCAGAUUAUGGCUAUACAAAACUCCGGAAAAACUUCGGAAGGCAGACAUUAUUUCAAAAAGUGCCAGCCCAUAUUGUAGAUUCCAUUAUACCAAACAAAGACGAACAAAAACAAUAUAUGUUGCGGAAUCCCGUGCACCGUCUAGUGCAAUCAACAAUGGCGCAGUCGGAAAACGAAACGAACACUGAGCCCGUGGUAGUUCACGAACAAGGCAUUAACCACACUGAAGGUGGAUGGCCCCGUGAGGUGCACAUUUACAACGAAGACCACGUAAAUCGGCAUCGCCGUCGCGUUAUGCACGACGAUAACUACGUACACACUGUACUGAACCUAGCGCCUGUAAUGAAUCAUUAUCUAGAUCAAAACAACGCAAUCGAAUUAUACCAAGCCUACUUCUGCGAUAUGGAGUCGCAAAAGCCUGUCGAGAAAUACGAUGUAAAAAUAGCGAAUGUUUUCCGUGAUCCCUCUUCGCGACCUAUUAGUUGCAUUCAAUGGACAAACGAAAAGAAACCAAAGCUUGUAGUUGCGUAUAGUGACCCCAGAACUACUCAUGAAAAUAAUUCAUGUUUCUUCUGGGAUCUAAAUCGACAAACGAUCCCGGCACAUGAAAUAACUCCGGAGGAAGCUUGUUGGCAAUUAGCAUGUUCCACAUUAAAUCCCGAACAAGUCAUCGCAGGCCUACAAAAUGGUAUAGUAAAUUUAUUCGACAUUCGUGAGGGCAAAAAACCUAUUUCACAAACUUCUAUUUAUAAUUCACAUCGUGGACCAAUCACAGCAUUGCUUUAUACACAUUCUAGAACACAAACCGAAUUUUUCACUGGCUCUCUAGACGGUCAGUGUUUAUGGUGGGAUGUAAGAAAUCUUAAUCAACCAAUAGAUUGUCUAAUAAUGUCAAUAAAACUAAGACCUAAUGAGAAUCCAAACAUAGGUAACGCUGAAGGUAUUUCUUCAAUGGAAUUUAACUCUUCUCUAUCAACAAGAUUUUUGUGUGGAACUGAGUCAGGCUUAGUUUUAAACGUGAAUCGCAUGGGAAGAACUCAUUCAGAAACUUUGCCUUCGUAUUGGGAAGCUCAUUCGGGUCCCGUUAGAACCGUUCAACGAAGUAAUUGUACUUCACGAAUGUUCCUUACUUGCGGCGAUUAUUCGGUUCGUGUGUGGAGUGAAGAAGUGCAUACAGCUCCUAUAAUAGUCACGAGACCGUAUCGGUACGAAGUAACUGACGCUACUUGGGCGCCACUUCGAUUUUCUAGCUACAUGGUAGUGUGCAAGAAUGGAAAAUUCUACUAUUGGGAUUUUCUACGUAAAUACAAAGAACCUUUGACCGCUUUGAAACUAUCCCAGAAUGAACUUACGAAAAUUACUCCGUAUUCUGAUGGUGAAUCGGUAGCUGUGGGAGAUAGCUUCGGGGCUUUGUACCUAUUACAUUUAUCUGAAAAUAUGACAACACCAGAUUUUAAUGACAAACAUCUUAUGAUGCAAACGUAUGAACGUGAAACGCGGCGAGAACAUAUUUUAGACAACCGCUUAAAAGAAAUUAAUUUAAGAGCACGCAUGGAACAGGAAGCAAUAAUAAAUAGCCCCGGAGAUGAUCAAAAUGAAGACGACUUACAAAAAUUGACUGAUGAAUAUUUCAAAAUCAUAAAACAAGACCUGCGGGAUGCAGAAAGCUUUUCUCGUAGUUUAUCGAUUACGUGAACAGUAGUAAUUAUACUUUAAUUUAAACUGAACAAUGAAUUACUUCAUAAACUGUAAUAAUAAUGUCCAUUUUAUUAUUUAUGAGAUAAAAAAAAUGUAUUCCGGAUGCUAGGCACGAAUCGAAACCCGCAUGUCUGGGCAGAUCGGACGUACAUUCGGCUGGAGCCACGACCAACGAUUUAUCUUACACAACGACAAAUAUAUCUUGACCUGUCAACAUUCAAUUGGAAUCUCAUCUAUAAUAUAACGGUUAAAUUGAUGGGCAAGGCGAGGGAGGCCUCAUUACAAUGGUAACGUAAAUUACUCGCGCCCGUGAGUUGCGUGAAUACAAAAGUGCGUCACCGGCAACUUUCACCGCGACUUAGUACUAACGAGUAAUAGACUCGCGCACACUGACUUUAAACUGGUCGUUGUACCUACGGUAGCCGCCUUUCCACCACGUUUGUUCCUGGUUCCAUACCUUUGUUAGUUUCUCUAGAACUGUGACAAAGUAGUUCAUUCAGGUACAUUGCAUUCAUUCCUCACCUAGAGACAAUAUCCGUAACAUACACAUUUAC